GUGUAAACUUUACGUUUACAGCACAAAGAAUGUUAUAUUGGAUAUAUUAACCAAUGUUUUAAAUAUUUUCAUGUAUAUUUAGGAAUCAUGGAAUUGAAUUUAGAGAUAUUCCGCCAGAAAUAUAAGAAUUUGUUACCGCUGAAAAAUAAUUGGCUAGAUGAUUGAGCAGGUGCAAGCAAGUUGUGUUACACCUACAAUGGAUGACCCAGUAGGAGAUGGGAGUCGCUGGGUCAUCGUUUUGGGGUCAUUUUUUGUACAGUUUAUAGUUUGUGGGAUUACUUACAGCUUGGGUAUAUUCCAGAUAGUUUUUCAGGAUGUAUUUUCAGAGGAUCAUUUUGACACAUCAUGGGCCGGAUCUAUAUUACUUUAUGUUACAGCAUUGACAAGUGUUGUGUUGCGUUGUUUCAUGAGCAAGUUUGGAAGCAGAGUAUGUGUGAUGUUAGGCGGCCUCAUCGCAGCUGGAGGAUUAGCUCUAUCAGUGUUUGUUACUGAUGUUUAUCAACUGUAUCUUACCUAUGGCCUAAUGACAGGUGUAGGGUUUGGUCUUGCCUGCACUCCAUCUAUAAUGAUUAUAGAGCAACACUUCCACAAACAAAGGUUUCGAGCCAUCAGUCUAGCUGUGGGUGGAGUGGGAAUGGGUAUCAUUGCAUUCCCAUUUAUCAUUAAACACCUUCUGGAGUACUACGCCUGGCGCGGGACACUUCUCAUCCUUGCAGGAUUUGCAUUCAAUCUGUGUGUGUGUGGUGCCCUAAUGUUUCCAGUUCACAAAGCUAAAGAAGUGCGAUUAUUACCAUUAUUGUCCUGUUUACCUCUCAGAAACCCGAUAUUUCACGGGCUGUGUAUUAGUAAUUUCUUCUGGAGCUUCGGAUCAACGAUUGUGUACAUGUAUUUGCCAGCUUAUGCCAUUCAUGAAAAUACGGACUUAGAAAAAUCGUUCCUGCUUGUAUCAUGUAUUGGAAUUGCAAGCUUUACGUCAAGGUCUAUAUUUGCUUUUAUGGGAAGGAAGAGUGCAUUGGACGAUGUGACUGCCGUUCUAUGCUCAGUGACUUUAGGCGUCGUUCUGACAGGAGUGUCACCAAUGUUGUUUGAAAAAUACGCGGGACAAAUAGCGUUCACAUUGAUAUUUGGAUUUUACAGCGGUUACUGGACUACGUUUUUGUCUCAGAUUUCUAGAGAGCUGGUAGGACCAGAGUAUAUAGCGAUGGGAAAUGGAUAUCUCAGCUUUAUGAUUGCUGUUGGAAGCCUGCUGGGCGGGCCAUGUGCAGGAAUACUGAUAAGAGAGAAGAAAGAGUUCCAGUAUGCCUUCUAUAUGGCAGGUGCAUCUUUGAUUUGGAGUAAUGUGAUAUUGCUGUUGUUUAAAUUCAAACGAUGUGGACCACUUCCAUCUACUGAGGGUUCGUGUGGACCAUCAAAAACACCAUUACUGGAUGAUUCGUACCAAUCAAUAAAAGUCACGUCUGCCAAAGGGGACCAUGUAUUAGUCUUCAGUUUACAAGGAGUUCAGCAGAUACCAGAAACUACUGUGUAAAAGUGAUGCCGUUGUUAGCACCGUGUAGACACCUGCUUUCAUUGGUCACAUGACUCAUCCUGUCACAUGACACCUGGUCACAUGACUUACUCUCUCAUCACAUGACACUCCUGUAUAUAGCGAUCAUUCCUAGCACAUUCUCAUUAUUUCCAUACAUCUGCACUGAGAUUUAGUACUUGUGCACUUAUGUUAUAGUGUUAAAACAAAAAACCAACAACACCGGAAUUAUUGAUGACUCAUAUAUGAUCAGAGGUGUAUAGACAAGUGGUAGAUCAAAGACAAGGGCAAAAGGAACAUUUAAAUUGAAAUCAUCAUUCUUUCAAUGAAUGACUUAUAUGACAGUAUUAUUGCAAAUGGCAAAGUAGUAGAUUCUAGGACUGGAAUUUGUAUUUUGACACUUUUUCCAGGCGGUUCUUUUUUAGUUUGCUCAUAUGAUAUGUUUUGACACAACUUUUUGCCAAUAAAAUGCUCUAGAUCAUUGAAGCAGUUUUGAAUAUUGAACAGAUUGCAAUUUUGGCUUAUAUACUGCAUUCAGAAGUUGGUAAUUAUAAAAUGUGACAAAAACCUUCAUGAUUUAACUUGAGCAUUUAUUUUUUCAAAAUUUAUUUAUAUACAAUUUAAUUUUUUGGAUUAAAGUAUCAAUGGAUAUCUCCUAGAUUUUAAGGAAAAUGAGAUUAUCAAAUUAAGUUCUUAGAGAACUUAAGGUUGUAUAACCGGUAAAAAAUGUCUACGCAAAGAUCUCAUUGUAUCAUAGUAUUCCUUUUUGAAUGUGUUUUUAAAUUUGAGUGUUGCAUGUAUUGUAGUUUUUUGUUAGUUUGUUUUUUUGAAUUCAUUAACAUAAUUCACAACAUUUAGUUAAAAGACGUUUUUGCUUCAAUUUUAAGUUUUUGUGUUAAUGCUGUAAAUAUGUUAUAGUUGUUUGUUUUCACUGCAAUUUUGUAAUAAGUAAGAAAAUAUUAGUAAAUGAAAUCAUUUGAGCCGUGUCAUGACAAAACCAACAUAUUGCGUUUGCGACCAGCAUGGAUCCAGACCAGCCUGCGCAUCCAUGCAGUCUGAUCAGGAUCCAUGCUGUUUGCUAUCAGUUUCUCUACUUGUUAACGGUUUGUAAGCGAACAGCAUGGAUCUUGAUCAGACUGCGCGGAUCCAUGCUGGUCGCAAACCCACUAUGUUGGUUUUGGCAUGACGCGGCUCAUUUAUUGGAUAUCUUGUGUUUAUCUUUUUGUAGGGUGCAGAACAACUGAAUUCUACUAUAUCAUUGCCAGAUAUUAGAGGAAAAUUUCUAUGAUGAAUGUACUUUGUCUCUGGUUUGUUACAAUGAAUUUUUGUCAUCAUCACAUGUGUAUGUGACUGCUGAAAAUUUGUUUGUGGAGCUGCGUGGAAUCGAAAGUUUUAAUAGAAGAAUUGCUAGAAGAUGAGUAAAAAAUGGAGUUUAAAAUUAAUUGUGAGCCAAAACAGUUAAAUACAAAAUACUGGUAGAUAAAUAAAUUGACAGUAGAUAAGUGUAAAUGUUUUACUGUUGAAGUGAAAUCCUAACCAAGGGUUUUAUGUUUUGGAAAGCAGUGGUAAAUAGUGGUUUUUCCUAAUAAUGAUAUCUAAGUAUUCCAUGACUUGUUUUUAAUCUGCUUAUUUUGUUUUUUGAAGAAUUCAUGUGUGUACAUUUAUUAUAGAAGUUGAUAUACAUUUUAUAAACUGUGAUUUAAUAAGAAUAUAUUGUUAUUUUUGGUUUACUGUCUUUAUUAUAUGUGUAUAUAUUUGAAUACUUUUGAAUGUUUAUCAUGGUCAAGGCCGUUGACUACAAACCACUUACCCCUCAAUGUUCUAGGUUUGAAUCACACCAGGGAAUUUGUUGUUGUUUUUUUUCAUGUGAGGAAGCUGUCCAGCUAGCUAAAGAAACAUUGAUGAUUCUACUCGGGUGCCUGAUUUGUCUGAAAUAAUGUAUGGAAGGGCAACCUACCAGUAGGUUUUCCUCCACCAUUAAAGCUGGAAAGCUGCCAUAUGACCGGUUCUGUAUUGGUGCGAUUUAAAACCCAACCAAAAAUGUUUAUGCCUACUGUGAUUUGUUUAGAGAAAAUACUUAUAGGUAAAAAUUGAAAAAUUAAUAUUUCUAAAAUAUUUUACUACUGAUUUUAUAAAUUGAGCAUUGAUUCUGUGUAUGUGUUAAUGUCUGAAAUCUACAGACAUUAUUCAUCUAGUUUAGGAUAUGGAGUGCUAGAAUUUGUUUUAAGAUACUAGCAGAAAAAAAUUAAUAAUGAUUUACCAAUUACUUUUAAAUAUUAAUUCCGAAACAUGUUUUAUUGUCGUUGCAAAUGAAACUUAUAUACUUGUAUGUUAUAAUUGAAAAUUCUGGAUUCUUUAUCACUCAUUUACAGUAAAGUCUUGGUUUAUAAUCAACCCUUUAUUAGUCAGGUUCAGGGUUUGUAAGAAAAUCCUCUGAGGUAAAAUUCAGAUCUUAGGUAUAUGAUAAGUCAGAAACUGCCACAUACUGAUAAAUGAAAAUACUGAGAUUUGAGACAGAGCUCAGAAAAAAAGUUUUAUAACCUCAAGGUCAUACAGUCCCUUAUCAAUAAUCUGUUUGGAAAUAUAUGUAUAGUUCUCACCCCACCUAAUUGUUUCUCUCUUUUUUUUAAGGGGGUAGGGUUAGGUGGGGAUAAUGUUUAUAAAAUUAUUGUUUGAUUAUUUGAAUCAUGUGCUUAGGCAUUAUAUGCAUAGUUUCUAGGAUGAAUGGUAAUACUUUUGCAUCUUUUUUUAGUAUUUAUGCAUUUUAAAUGUUAAGAAUACAACAUAAAUUUGAGUUAUUUUGAAAAGUUUAAAUUUUUAACCCAUUAACCUGCUAAAUAUCCUGAAUUGACAGGUCCUUCUUCCAAUCUGGAUAAAACUAUGUAUCAUUUUUUGGAAACUUUUAAAAAUAUGUAUUGAUGGAAUAGCCAGUAGUGCAGACAUUGUUAAGACUGCACAGAUUUGCCUGCUAUUAUAAACUUAGUUUGCAUUUGUAGAAUUAGUCGCAGCCAGUAGGCUAGGGGUUACCGGCUGUCGUAAGUACUGGUUGUUUUGAUAUUGUUAACAAGCAGAAAUUGUAAUUUUGAUUUAGUUAAUGGGAAAAUGGUAAUUUCAUUUUAGAAAAGGGAAAAAUUGAGAAGUUUAACUGUUUGUAUUCUAGUCAAUUUUAAAUCAAUAAUUCAUUCAUGCUUAUAUAUCACAUUUUUGGAAAGUACUUGUUUUGUUAAACACAGUUCACAUUGUAAUAUCUAUCAUAUAGGUGCUUAGUUGAUUCUCCAUUCUGAUUUUUGUUUACUCUAGAAAUUGAAACUUAAUACUUCAUUAAAGAUUACCAAUUACUAAAAUAAUUUGAUUGUUUAUUAGCAGAAAUGUUGUAAAUACUGUUGAUUUUAUUUAUAUUAUUUUCUUUUUCUUAAACCACAUCUCGCAUGUGUCAUAUUGACAACAGUUAAUUGCGUUAGUUAACAUGGACUAACAUAAUAUCUAGACACGUGUUAACAUGAGCUAACAUAAUAUCUAGACACAUGUUAACAUGGACUAACAUAAUAUCUAGACACGUGUUAACGUUAACAUGAGCUAACAUAAUAUCUAGACACGUGUUAACAUGAGCUAACAUAAUAUCUAGACACGUGUUAACAUGAGCUAACAUAAUAUCUAGACACGUGUUAACAUGAGCUAACAUAAUAUCUAGACACAUGUUAACAUGAGCUAACAUAAUAUCUAGACACGUGUUAACAUGAGCUAACAUAAUAUCUAGACACGUGUUAACAUGGACUAACAUAAUAUCUAGACACGUGUUAACAUGAGCUAACAUAAUAUCUAGACACGUGUUAACAUGAGCUAACAUAAUAUCUAGACACGUGUUAACAUGAGCUAACAUAAUAUCUAGACACGUGUUAACAUGAGCUAACAUAAUAUCUAGACACGUGUUAACAUGAGCUAACAUAAUAUCUAGACACAUGUUAACAUGGACUAACAUAAUAUCUAGACACGUGUUAACAUGAGCUUUCAUAAUAUCUAGACACAUGUUAACAUGGACUAACAUAAUAUCUAGACACGUGUUAAUGUUAACAUGAGCUAACAUAAUAUCUAGACACGUGUUAACAUGAGCUAACAUAAUAUCUAGACACGUGUUAACAUGAGCUAACAUAAUAUCUAGACACGUGUUAACAUGAGCUAACAUAAUAUCUAGACACAUGUUAACAUGAGCUAACAUAAUAUCUAGACACGUGUUAACAUGAACUAACAUAAUAUCUAGACAUGUUUUGCUUUAUUUAGCUUUUUCAGUUGAUAGUGAGAAAUAAAAAAAAAAUUGAAUUUUAAAAUGCCUCAUACUACAACUUACUACAUAUAUUCCCCUAAUCUGGUACCUUGGCUACAUUUACAAUAACUUGGUGCAUGGGGAAGGAAAUCCACCCUUACAGACAGAUUGGACAGUUAAGUGCAUUACAUGUAAUACACGAUAUAUGCACAGCAUAGAAAAGGAUUGCUUACACGUCAUAUGACCUCAGAUAUGAUGUCAAUAAACAAAAUGACGUCAGGAAAAUAAUUACUACACUCAAUGUAGUUCAACAUAUUUUUAUCCUUUCUCUUUCAUAUUAGCAUGUUAGAAUGGAAAUAGAUAUAUCUAUUCCCUAAAUAUACAACUUUCGGUUUUAGUUUAUUAUAUUCAUUUUUUGAACACACAAACACUGUAUUACUUUGUUAUCAAUUUCUACACUUUAUCUAGGAUGAAUGCACACUUACGAGUAAUUCACCACACUUCAAAUGAUUUUAAUGCCUGUGGAUGUUGCACAUUUGCAUAAAUGAUUAUCAAUUCAUUUUCAAAGGGUAACUGACUGUGAAAUAUGAAGUAAUUUCCUAUUCAAAACUUUACAUAAAGAACAGAGUUUUUUGGGGGGUGUUGUUUUUGUUGCAUUUAAUGUGAAUGAUCAUGCAUAUUAAGAAGUGUAAAUUAAUUGCGAGUAUACCACAUCAGAUGUCUGGAUUUUUCUAAUUGUUUUUUGUUGUUGGGAGAUGAUCAAAGUAAGUAAGUAAGUAAGUAAGUAAGUAACGACUUUAUUUAACGAGGCACAAGUAAUGAACAAAGUUUUGUUAACCCUUAACCAGAUGGAACCGAAAUUAAUUAGCCUCCGCAACCAGUAUAGAGCCAGGCCAGGCUGUAUGUACAUGCAGUCUGACCAGGUUCUAUAUUGUUGGUAGCUUUAUGUUUGUAUUUUGAUAAUUUAAAUCCCUAAGACUUUGUUGCACAUUUUCGUUAUCCCUGAAUCACACCAGAGUCUGCAGUUUUCAUGUGUUUUUGUUGAUUAAUGCUUCCGAGGGAUCACCUUUCUUUUAGAUUUGAAUGGACUGUUCCAAAUUCAAACAAAUGGGUAAACUCAUUAUAUAAAUUCAACAUGGUAAAGGACUGAAUGGUGUUGUAACUGAUAGAUAUUUUAUGCAUGAACAAUAUCAGGUAUUUUAAUGAGAUUUAAAGCAAUAUUCAAUGCAACAAUGUAUAUCUGCUGUUGAAUGGUUUUUUUUAAGAGUAUUUUUUUUUUCUCCUCAAAUUUCAACAGAAGGACUUCAGUUGUUAAGAUUUCAGCUGUUAUUCAAAUUUAAAAUGAGUUGCAAAUUGCAUUUCACUUUUUCUUCAUCAUCCAUCUUUCUUGUGAUAAUAGGUGGGUGAUUCAAGCAAUAAAUGUCAAUACCUGUAAUAAUGAUUAGUGGUGCCAGGGGUCUUCAUUCUUACAAAUUAUGUUUUCAGAUUGUUAUUUUUGUUGCAUCUUUUUGUUUACCCGGUACUUAGAAUAUAAUUUUAACAGACUUCUCUUUUUGUUUGAAAUAGACUUUAUUAUGGGAUGUUAAAAAGUUGAAAUAGACUAUAAUUAAAAUAGACUAUAAAAAAUUUAAUGCUGUUUUAUUAGAUAAUAUUGAAAGUAUAAAAGACUGUAUAUUAUUAAAAGGUUGUUUAAGAGUAUAAUUAUGUAGUAAAUAUUCUUCUAAAACUGUAAAUAAGACUCUUUUUUGUUUGUUUGUGGUGUUGAUUCUAAUAUGAUAUACAAGAGACUGUAGUUUAAUGAAUGAGAAAAAUAAAAAGAACAUAGAAAAGAA